AUGAGGGACGAGACUUGGGACGAGAAAUCCGGAUCUGAGAAGAAAGAUCGACACGCGGAGAGCAAGUGGAGGAGGCGCAGCGGCGUAGAGGCGAACCGGCAGAGAUGCUCCCCGCGGCUGUAUAAUCAGGGCUUACGAGUGAUGAUAUGCUUUGGGGUAAAGGCUAAAAUGAUUUUGAAUCGCCAGGUGUAUUUUUACCAAUUAAUUUUUACUCCGAUGCUCCCCGCCAUGCUGGCACUUCUAGAUUCUGCUGAAGAAGGUCGACUGGACCUGCUGCUCGUCGGAAGAAGUCACGCGGCCGCUGCUGUUCUGAAACUCACGGCAACGGCUGCUACUUACUCGCCGAUGGAGGAAGAUGAGGGAACGGGUCGCCUAAGUUUCCUCGUCUCCGCUGAAAACGUCGCUGCUCACUGGUUCCCUCACGGCGGUCGUACGGCGUCUGCAGGUUGGCCGAACCGAGGUGAUAGGCGCGACAGGCUGAGGGAUUAUGUAGGCGAUGAAUGA